AUGAUCAAUUCGAUCCCUUUUAACGUUGUUCCUCGUCACUGGUUGCGCUUGUACACCGACGCCGCUCUUCUGCAAAGUCUUGGUGCUGUGGUACUGGAGAGUAAGAAGGAGGUUUGGUUAGAAUCAAUACGGAAAUUGGACAUGGCUAUCAUCGUAGCUGGAGCUGUGGGAAGGAAGGAGUGGAUUUUGGCGACAAUUCGCGACAUACAAGCACAAUUCCCGUCUCCAGAUGAUGACGAUGACCGUCCAUUGAAGAAAGCUAGAUUAUACGUUGAACCGUCGCUUCUUUAUGCACCAAACCCUAUCCCGGUUCUACAUCACCCUCCAUCAAUCGAUACCUACCUCUCUACGUACCUCAAGCAUCCUUUCAUCCUUCGUGGACACUUGAACUCGUCUUCAAAUCCCCCUUGGCCGGCUUGUAACAGGUGGUGCUCAACAAAGUAUUUGUUGGAGAAAGUUGGACGUGGUCGAGUUGUCCCCGUGGAGGUCGGGGAAGCGUACGACGAUGAGAGCUGGACGCAGAAGAUAAUUCCUUUCACGGAAUUCCUUGUUCGUGCUGGUUUCGAUGCGCAGGAUUUGCCUGAAUCCUCCCCUUUGUAUCUCGCCCAGUAUGCGUUGUUCGAUCAAUUCCCAGAGUUAGAAAAGGAUAUUUGUUAUCCAGAUUACGUGUGGUCAAGUCCUCCGCCUAUGGAAUCAUACAGUCCACCUGACGAUAUCAUUGUAAAUGUAUGGGUUGGCAGCGGCAACGAGGAGAUUGUCAGUCCAGCGCAUACGGUAAUAGGGAGGAAAAGAGUAUGGGUAGCACCGCCAUCUUGUAGACCACACAUGCACGCUCAUGGGGGUGACAAGGAUUUGGCAGAUCAAUACAUGACGAAUACGUCCAAGGUGCCUAUUUUACGACCGACAAAUGAUUUCAAAACGAUACAAUCAGAUUAUCCGGAGUUCUUCAGACACGUCUGGCCAGUUAGUUUGGAAGCGGUAUUGGAACCAGGCGACUUGAUGGUGAUGCCUCCUGGAUGGUGGCACGCUAUGAGAGGGGAAGGAUCAGGGCCUGCGUGGAGUAUUUCAAUGUGGUACUAG